AUGGAGCUCGUAUUGGACUGUGCGUCCUCCGCUGGGAUGUUCAUUCUCGGGCUGCUGUCGGUUCUGAAUGGAGUUUUAAGUUUUAACCUUUACGCAGAACAUCCCACGGUGUACAGAGGACCCGAGGGGAGUUAUUUCGGCUACUCUGUGGACUUCUACCAGGCUUCCCCCGACAGCAACACGAUCAGUGUAUUGGUUGGGGCUCCCAAGGCGAACACCUCUCAGCCCGGCAUUGUGGAGGCUGGUUCUGUGUACUACUGCCCCUGGCCCGGACUGCCCGACAGCUGCAGACAGAUACCUUUUGAUAAUUCUAAUAACAGAAUGAUAAAAGUAAACGGCACCAGAGAGCCUUUGGAGUUUAAGUCGCACCAGUGGUUUGGAGCAUCCGUCAGGACCCACAAAGGAAAAGUGGUGGCAUGUGCUCCUCUCUACCACUGGCGGACAGUGAAGCUGAGUGGGGAGAAGGACCCCGUGGGGACCUGCUAUGUGGCCGUCCAGAAUUUCAGCGCCUACGCAGAGUACUCACCUUGCAGGACAAAUGAUCCAGACCCAGAGGGACAGGGGUUCUGCCAGGCUGGUUUCAGUGUGGAUUUCACCAAGGAAGGAAUGCUGGUGGUAGGAGGACCUGGAAGCUUUUACUGGCAAGGUCAGGUAAUGACAGCGGGGAUAGCUGAGAUACUGAACGGCUACUCUUUGAAGGCAGUGCUGAGACGGGUUCCAGGAGAGAAACACACUCGAGCUGCCGAAGACACACACGACGACAGCUACCUUGGUUACUCUGUGGCGGUGGGGGAGUUUACAGGAGACUCUGAACAAGAGCUGAUAGCCGGAGUCCCAAGAGGAGCACAGAACUUUGGAUAUGUGGCAAUGAUCAACUCCACUAAUCUGACCUUCAUCCAAAACUUCACGGGGGAACAGAUGGCUUCCUAUUUCGGCUACUCGGUGGCUGUCACUGACCUGAAUGGAGAUGGGACCGACGAUGUGCUGGUCGGAGCGCCCCUCUACAUGGAGAGAGAGAUGGAGAGCAAACCCAGAGAGGUGGGGAGAGUGUACCUGUACCUGCAGCUGGCCCCGCUCACUUUCUCCAAUCCUGUUGCACUAACCGGCACACACACCUUUGGACGCUUCGGCACGGCUAUAGCACCCCUGGGAGACGUCAACCAGGAUGGAUACAAUGACGUGGCGGUGGGCUGUCCGUUUGGGGGCGAGGACCGUGGAGGCAGAGUAUUGAUCUUCAAUGGCAACAGAGACGUAACGACGCAAGGCCUGACGCUGAGCCAAGAGCUGAGAGCAGCCGGGACCCCCAGUGGCAGCUUGCCUGGAUUUGGAUUUACUCUGCGAGGAGGCCAAGACCUGGACAACAAUCAGUAUCCCGACCUGAUCGUGGGGGCGUUCGGGGCAGGCGAGGUAUCACUAUACAGGUCUCGAGCUGUGGUGUCCGUGGAAGCUGCAAUGAUCUUGACUCCCAGAAUCCUGAACCCUGAUGACCGACAGUGUCACCUGCCUGAAACGGAUAUCAUGGUUACCUGUCUAAAGGUGGACGUGUGUGCAGCAGUGAGUGGAGUGGCGAUCCCCAGCGCUGUAGACCUGAGAGCCGAGUUGCAGCUGGAUUGGUUGAAAGGCUCCAGAGGCGGAGUCAAGAGAGUUUUGUUCCUGGACACCCAGCAGCCUCAGCGCACAGGGCUAUUAAAAUUGGGACACAACAGCCCACGUGCAUGUCUGACCUACACCAUUUACCUGAGAGAGGAGGAGGAUUUCAGGGACAAAUUGACCCCAAUCUCACUGGCUCUGAACUACAGCUUGGCUCCUCCCACUCAGGGCCAAAACCUCCCACCGGUCCUCAACCAUUACAGCAGCACCUUCCUUCAAGAACAUGCCUACAUUCUCCUGGACUGCGGUGACGACAAUGUGUGUAUCCCCGACCUCCAGCUCUCUGCCAGCAUGGACCGCUCAGAGCUGGUUAUUGGAGACGACAAUCUGUUAAUGUUGACCGUCACUGCGGUGAACCGAGGAGAGGGAGCCUACGAGACUGAGCUCCACACACUGAUACCACCAGAGGCCGACUAUAUUGGAGUAGAGCGCAGGGUGGAGUCCUUAUCUCAGCUGAGCUGCGAGUACAGGAUGGUCAAUGAGUCCAGAAUGGUGGUUUGUGACCUCGGGAACCCGAUGGUGGCUGGGACAGAGCUGUCUGUUGGUUUGAGGUUUUCUGUCCAAAGGCUGGACGAUGCAGGACACAAGAUCAGCUUUGAGCUACAGAUCCACAGCUCCAACAAAGAUAACUCCGACAGCAACCCAGUCAGUUUGAAUCUGUCCAUCAUUGCCAAAGCUCAACUCCAUUUACGUGGGGUGUCUCAUCCCUCUCAGGUGGUGCUGCCAUUCCCACGCUGGGAACCCAAAGAGAAGCCUGUCAAAGAGGACGACGUGGGACCGCAAGUAACACACAUCUAUGAGCUCCAUAACUUUGGUCCCAGCAGUAUUCAGGAUGCUGAACUCCAGGUUGGCUGGCCCUCCCGUUUCCGUGACGAGAAUCUGCUGUAUGCAAUGGAGAUUCAAUCUGACGGACCAAUUAGCUGUCGGACGAACACCAGCCUCAACCCACUUGGCCUUCAGAUUUCCUCUCUCCAGGACACACCUGAAUUAUUGGGAUUCUUGAGGAACACCAGCGGUCCUCCUCAUCGCCACAAACGAUCCAGCCCUGCCACUGAGAGUUAUAGCGGUAAAACCUUGAAUUGCACCAAUAUCUCUUGUCUGAGGAUCACAUGUAUCGUUGGCCGGUUGGAUCGUGGUCAGAGCGCGGUGGUGAAGAUCCGCUCAAGACUCUGGGCGAACACUUUCCUGCAGCGGCGUAACGACCCCUACAUCCUCAACUCUACUGUGUCCUUCAUCGUCACAGCCCUUCCUUACCGCAUCAAGCCCUCCACCCUUCCUCAACACACCACCUCGAUGGGGACCCUGGUGUUAUGGGGAACUCCUGAUGUGUCCUUUGCUGUUCCACUCUGGGUCAUCAUCCUGGCCAUCCUGCUGGGGCUGCUGGUGCUGGCCAUAUUAACAUUAGCUAUGUGGAAGUGUGGUUUCUUUGACCGAGCACGGCCACCAGCUGACGAUGACGUAUCCGACAAGGAGCAGCUGACGUCUGAUCAAACAGGGGACGCCUAAGAUGAUACGCGAAAGCUCCGGAUUGGAGGACUGUGGUUUGAGAGGGACGUGCCCCUUUUGAGUAACUUAAAUCAGAUCUGAGAUCUGUAUUAGUCGGACCCUACAUUCCUUUGCUGGAGGUCUUCUACCUCUACGGUAUUGAAACUGAAGACUUCAGCGCCGCACAGACUGGGACCAAAGAACGAGGUUCAAACCAGCCUAAGUGGGACUAAAACACACUUAACAGGCUCAAUCACACACACACAUGUCCAUUGUUUAUCCAUUGUGAUGAAGAACAAGACCAACAUUUAAGACAGAGUGGACUUUGGUGUGAAGACAAUGCUUUAAAUGUUUUGGAACAUUUCUGUGUGUCUGUGUAAAUGGGGCACAAAGAUACUAGAGAUCU